GUCAGAGCUACUGACGUCACCAUACCGGAAGUAAACAAAGCGGCCGCGGCUGACGUCACAGAGGCGCUCAUGUCACCCGCCGCUCCGUGCCAUGACAGCUCGAGCAGGUGUGACGUGGCUGCGCCUCCCGGGCCCGUGAAGCCAGCGGCGGAGCCCCGCAGCGCGAUGGCGGAGCUGCUGGGGCAGAAGAGCCUGCUGGGCGUCGGGGUGGUGCUGGCCUGGCUGCUGCUGUUCCACCUGCUGGUCAACAUCUGGCUGCUGUGCGUGUUCACCAGCCUGCUGGUGGUGCUCGGCGGCUGGCUCGGCUCACAGGCCGUCCUGGAGUCCAACAGCGUGGUUCACCUGGAGAGGUUCAUCGCCCUGGAGCAGUUUCCACCGUCCGUGGAGGACGAGUGUGACCUGGACCGGGAGAUCCGCAACACGGUGAGGAAGAUCAUCAGGGACUUUGUCACCUCGUGGUUCUCCACUGUGUCCUCCGAGAGUAGCUUUGAGACGGAGGUUCAAGAGGCCAUGAUCUCCAUGGCCAUGGAGCUGAAGGUCCGCGCGAGGCAGCUGGACAGGAAGGAACUGACCCUGAGGAUCCUGGAUCUGUUCGGCGGCCACCUGCAGGACUACAUCAGAGCCAAGGAGUUGGCGUCCGAGCGGCCGCAACCCCCGGCAGGCAAGUGGGGCGGUGAGGGCGAGCGGCUGUGGUGGGCCUACUCCACGGUUACCGCGCCUCACCCGGCUGCCGGCGACUGCGACGCCGCCGCUGGCGUGCAAGUCAGCUACACCAGAGCGGUGGUGGAUCUGCUGCUGCACGUGCUGGUGCCCUCGCCGCACCUGGAGAGCCGCACGGGCUGCUUCGUGGUCGGGGAGCUCAUCACCUGCAACGUGCUGCUCCCGCUGAUCGCCAAGCUGUCGGACCCCGACUGGCUGAACGGCCUUCUGAUCGGAAUAUUCGGCGAGCAGCAGGAGCCGGUGGCGGCGGAGCCGACCGCGCCGUCGCCACCGGCUCCAGCGACGCCCGUCGAGUCGGAGCUCGCUCCGCUGCGAGAGGAGCCAACGCCCCAGGCGGAAGGCGAGCCUCGUCCUCCGAGAGAAACCAUCAGUGAGGCUGGAACGCCUGAGCUCGCCGCCCACGACGCGAUCGACCCCGAGGAGCCCGACGGUCCGCAGAGCAACGCCGAGGAGGAGGAGCCGGCUCCGCCCUUUUUAGGGCACUACUCCGGGGACGGCAAGUCGAACCCUUUCUACCAGGAGAACGACUCUGACCUGGACUCUCCCUCGGCGGACUACAAGCGAGGCUCCACCGACUCCCUGGUCCUGGUGGGCCGGGAGGACGGCCCCUUCGACGCGCAGAGGGAGCGCCCUGACGGCGUGGACCCGGAGGAGCCGGACGGCUUCUGCCCCCGAGUCCUGGUGAACUCUGAGCCGGUGGGGCACCUGAACGGGGGCCUCCGGGACCUUCACAGGGAGGCUUUCCCCUCGGGGAACCCGGCCCGCGAGCUCCUCCUGGGGGUGGAGCACAACGAGCUGAGCGUGGUCAGCCCGCCGCAGGGCUCCUCCCCUUUGGCCACGUUCAGCUUUGAGCCGCUGAUCAGCCCCGACGGGCCCGUCGUCAUCCAGAACCUCCGAAUCACCGGCACCAUCACGGCCAAGGAGCACCGCGGCACCGGCUCGCAUCCCUACACCCUUUACACCAUCAAGUACGAGACGGCGAUGGGCUGCGAGACCCCGGGCAGCGCCCCCCCGGGCUCCGAGGACGCCGAGUUCUCGCCGGCGGGGGGCGAGAAUCCUCCGGCCGCCCAGCAGGUGGCGUUCCACACGGUGAACCGGCGCUACAGCGAGUUCCUCAACCUGCAGACCCGGCUGGAAGAGAAGAACGAGCUGCGCAGACUCAUCAAAGCUGUCAAAGGUCCAAAGAAGAUAUUCCCCGACAUGCCGUUUGGAAACAUGGACAGCGACAAGAUCGAAGCCAGGAAGGGGCUCCUGGAGACCUUCCUGAAGCAACUGUGUGCCGUCCCUGAAGUGGCCAACAGCGAAGCGAUGCAGGAGUUCCUGGCCCUCAACACCGACGCCAGGAUCGCGUUCGUCAAGAAGCCUUUCAUCGUGUCGCGCAUCGACAAGAUCAUGGUGAACGCCAUCGUGGACACCCUGAAGACGGCGUUUCCUCGCUCAGAACCUCAGAGCCCGACGGAGGACAACGACUCUGAGGUGGAUGGAGGGAGAAUAAGUACCGACAAGAAGAGCAGGUCUCGUCUGAAGUUCUCCAGUAAAAACGUCCCCUUCAUGAACGGCUCGGACACGAGAGCGCCACUUCUCUUCAGCCCGGAGCCGACCGGCACGGUGUUCAACGGGAUGUCGCUGGGAGACCUGCAGGCCUUCAUCGCCGAGCAAGAGAAGACCUUCGUCCCAGCGGUGUCGGGGGGGGAGGACGGUCCGGAGACGAGAGGACUCGGAGUGCUGAGUGGGGACAACAGAACGAAAGCUGGCGAGGCGGUGCUGGCCGAGGUGGCCCUGAACCUCCUGUGUGUGCUGGUGGAGGAGCAGUGGAGCUGGCUCUGCACGGAGAACUUCCAGAGGAGCAUCCGGCUGCUGUUCGGCACGCUCAUCGACAGGUAACACCUGACCUGCUGGCUUC